AUGCCCAAAGUCAUUGGGUACACACCCCCGUUCCUGGCGCGACCUUCGCCUGGAUCAAAGAUCUUUACAGACCCCGAACCUCAGUCGCCCGCCUCUCCGUCCAAACGCACCUCUUAUCUCGGUGCGCUUCCUUCGACACAAUACCAAGGGCCCAGGAGAUUGGUCGCUAGCAGGGGGACGGAUAUCUUUGCGGUCGUGGGAAACAAAAUCAGAUGGGCAGAUCUGAGCGCAGUUCGAGACGAAUGGGAGGACAACACCCAGUCUGGCACCAGUCGCUUUGGUCUGUCUCGCUCUGAUGCCACAGAGUCUACCCGUGACAGUGUUUACAGAACGUUGGCUGUUCCUGUCUAUUAUCAGAUUCGCCAGAUUUCAAUCUCGCCCUCUGGCCUUUUCCUGGCCAUCUGCACAGAACAUACCGUCCACAUCGCAGUGCUUCCAGAUCCAUCACGACUGAAGGAGCAUGACCGCUCACCAUUGAAAGUAAAAACAUAUCAGCUUGGUCCGACUGUCCAUGUCAUCCCAGAAUCUCCCCUUGCGUCUGUGUUAUGGCAUCCUUUGGCCUACGCCACUGCUUCUACCGACUGUCUCGUCACUGUGACAGCUGAAGCAGCUGUUCGAGUAUGGGAAUUUGACAAGGCAAACAGCUGGUCCCUCGACCGUCCCAAACUGGCUAUCGAUCUACGGAAACUGGCCGAUGGGGUAUCAUGCGACCAAGACUUUGAGCCGUCUGGUUUCGGCAAAACUCGCGGGUUCUCUGUCGACGAUUUCGACAUGGAGGUUUCUGCGGCGUGUUUUGGUGGUCGAGGGAAAGAGGAUGAAGAUGCUUGGGCUAGCAUGACUCUUUGGGUUGCAAUGAGGAAUGGGGAUUUGUACGCUCUAUGCCCAUUACUGCCGUCGAGGUGGAAACCGACAUCAACAACUAUUCCAUCGAUGACCACGACUGCUGUGUCGCGCAUGGCAUCAAUCAACGACGACGAGACAGACAUGGACGAAAGACGAGCCGCCGACCAGCAAUAUGAGUGGGUCCAAGAAAUCGACAACGAGGAGCCUCAAGUCCAUAAAUCAACAGACAGCCUGGGCGAGUUUGAGGUGCGGUUCAGGCCGCAAAACCCAAGUGCCAUUCCACGUCUCCAGGGGCCCUUCACGAUCGUCUCCGAAGAGGAUGCUUCCGAGAUUGAGGUGUCUGAUAUCCAUGUGUUUCCUGCGAAGCUCGAUGAAAACGAUUUAUUUGAUGGCGAAGACGACGACGAAAUCGACGAGAAUCUCGUCCAGCCUAUACCGUUCACAACUAUCUGUGUUGCCACCCCUGAGAACCAAGUUUGGCUUGCCAUCGAUCUUGACGGCAUAACAGGACAGUGGCUGCCCAAGAAAGGGAAAAGUGCAUUCGGCGUGCCUUCAUCUGACGCUACACCCUUGACACUAGCCGAUGUUGUUAUGCUUGACGGAUCGGGGGUGAACCCUGCUGCUAAUUGGCCAGUAUUCACUCCGGAUAUCGUCUCCACUUAUUCCAUCUUUGUGACCACUCUGACACGUGUCUACUCAUUGUCAUUGAAUGACUGGGUUACUCAGCUGGGUGUCGAACUCUCUGGGACACAGCCUGUCGAUCCUGGCAUGCGGACCAGGCUGGAGACCCGAUGUCAGAAUCGAGUCUGUGUAAUCGACAAGUUGAUUGAAGCACGGGAGCAGUCGGAGGCUCUGUCGGCUCCGACUAUCAUUGACGACACAUCACUGGGAUACUUGCUCUUGACUGCGAGCUCGACCGCCGCGUACGGAGUAGUUUUCGACCAGAUUCCGACAGGCAUCUCAACUGUUGGUCCCUCCAUUACCGACUUCACUAUGUCUUCUACGCAUGUGGAUUCUCAACUUGCGAAUCUGCCAGUGUCGCCUGUCGAAACGGUUCCCACACGAGAGCCGUACUGUCCUCCCAAAAUCUUCUACUUCAACCAGCAUAGCCCGAUCGAUUCGAUGCGCCAACGCCUGCCGCCACAUCUCAAGAAAGCCAUCUCCGAACGGCCUAUGCGUUUGAGCCCGGCUAUGUUAGAAAUUAUGACCUUCACGCAUCGCACGGUUGGCGGGCAGUCUGCUCAACUAGAGAAUGCAGCCGCAGAGCUCUUCAGGCGAUGUGAGCGCCUAAGAAUCGAACUUGCUAGCCAGGUCAAGCAGAUGACUGAACUCGCCCAGCAGUUGCAGCGCCUUACCGCCACUACUGAGGAGGAUGAAAACGGCCAGGUCAAGGAGAAGAAGUCACCCGAGACCCGGAUCAGCGAGGCACGGGAGAGGCAGAGCAACCUGGUGGCGAGGUAUGAGGCUUUGAGAAGGAAGGUGGGACGUGUUGGAUCGGCGAAUAGAGAGCUGAGCUCCAAGGAACUGGCCUGGAUGCAUGAGGUUGAGAGUCUGGGGCAGAAUGUUGGCAUUGUGGGUAGAGAGGGUGAGCAAGAGAGUGGCGGAGGAGAGACCAAUCUCGAAAAGCGAUUUGCGAUGGUCAAACAACUCACUCAAUCCCUUGUUGAAGAAGCUCACAGUAUCGAAAAACAGCAGCAACCGCACCCAGCCUCGCCCAAAGGUCCUCCAGCCCUAGAAGCAUCUGUCUCCUCAAUCUCGGCAUCAUCCAUCACGCCGUCCAUGUCAGCCUCACAAAUCACUCUCACGUCCCGGUCCAGUGGAGCGGCUGCAUCUCCCAGAAGUUCCAAUUUCAGCGGACUGGGCGUCUCCAGUCGACUGCAAAAAGAACGCAUCGCGGAUAUCAUGGCGACGGUGGAGAGGGAAGGUGCCGUGAUCGAGGCGGCCAUGAAAAGACUCGAGAGACUAAAGAUGGAGUAUUAG